UCCGCUGAAGCAGAGCAGGACUCUGCCGACGGCGCGCGCUGCGCGGGCGCCCCGGGAGGACCGGGCGCUCCCUCAGCCGGCGCCCCGGCCUCUCCCUGAGCUGCAGGCCCAAAGCACGCGUGGGGAGACGGCUCCGUUCCACCCGGUGACGUGCUGCAGCUGGAGGACUUGGGGUUUCUUGUGUCUGGCAGCUACCGUGUAAUUAAGCUCAGCCCUCUUGGAGCAAGCCUCAUCUUGCUGAUGAGCCCGGCUGCAGCGUGGGACCCGGUGCCCGGGGAUCGGGAACGCUGGGUUCCCGCAGCCGCCUUCGCCGGCUGCGCUUCUGCUGGCAAACGGUCCUGCUCCCUGGUGAUAGGAAGAAACGCUGGGAAGUGGCGUGAACCUGCGGCAGCUCGGACAAUGCCCCCAGUAUCUUAAGUUUAAGUAACUUCUAAGCUGGUCCCAUGACUUGGGGGUCUGAUUCAUACUUCCUAGUGUGUGAUGCCAAAGAUAUUGGGAAGCGUUCCAGUUGAGUCGGAAGGGAUUGUGUCGCAAGCUUCAGGGUGACACUGACCUUUUCAUGGGAGGACUUUUGUAAAGGAGGAAGCUCGUCAGAAAAACCCAAGCAGAGCAAGGAAACGGUGCUGAGUUCAGAGGUGCAGUUCUUCAGAUCAUGAUUGCCCCAGAGGCUUGUGACCCUCAAUGAAGAGAGAAGUGGCUCAGGGAGCUGCUUGGUUAAGAACAGUGCUGGUCCAAAAGGACAUGGUGUCAGCUGGAUGCGAGCAAAUCUGAAAGGGAGAGGGGGCUUCUGCAUCCCAGACAGGAGAGACUCGGGAACAGCCUCUGUGGGAAGCACUGCGGUGCCCAGUGACCUGACCCCGGAGGAGUGCCAGGAGCUGGAGAACAUCCGGCGCCGCAAGCAGGAGCUGCUGGCUGACAUACAGCGGCUGAAAGAUGAGAUAGCAGAAGUGACGAAUGAGAUCGAGAACCUGGGAUCCACAGAGGAGAGGAAAAACAUGCAGAGGAACAAGCAGGUGGCGAUGGGCAGAAAGAAGUUCAACAUGGAUCCCAAGAAGGGCAUCCAGUUCCUGAUCGAAAACGACUUGCUGAAGAACACAUGCGAGGAUAUCGCUCAGUUCCUCUACAAGGGGGAGGGCCUCAACAAGACAGCCAUCGGGGACUACCUGGGUGAGAGGGAUGAGUUCAACAUCCAAGUUCUGCAUGCCUUUGUGGAGCUGCACGAGUUCACCGACCUCAACCUCGUGCAGGCCCUGCGGCAGUUUCUGUGGAGCUUCCGGCUGCCUGGGGAGGCUCAGAAGAUCGACCGCAUGAUGGAGGCGUUCGCCCAGCGGUACUGCCAGUGCAACCCCGGGGUCUUCCAGUCCACAGACACCUGCUAUGUGCUCUCCUUUGCCAUCAUCAUGCUGAACACCAGCCUGCACAAUCCCAACGUCAAGGACAAGCCCACGGCAGAGCGCUUCAUUGCCAUGAACCGAGGCAUCAACGACGGGGGGGACCUACCUGAGGAGCUGCUCAGGAACCUCUAUGAAAGCAUCAAGAACGAACCUUUCAAAAUCCCCGAGGAUGACGGCAAUGACCUCACCCACACUUUCUUCAACCCCGACCGGGAGGGCUGGCUCCUGAAGCUAGGCGGCAGGGUGAAGACGUGGAAGCGACGCUGGUUCAUCCUGACCGACAACUGCCUUUACUACUUCGAGUACACCACGGACAAAGAGCCCCGGGGCAUCAUCCCGCUGGAGAACUUGAGCAUCCGCGAGGUGGAGGACUCCAAGAAGCCUAACUGCUUCGAGCUCUACAUCCCCGACAACAAGGACCAGGUGAUCAAGGCCUGCAAGACGGAGGCGGACGGGCGGGUGGUGGAAGGGAACCACACGGUGUACCGGAUCUCCGCGCCCACCCCCGAGGAGAAGGAGGAGUGGAUCAAGUGCAUCAAGGCAGCCAUCAGCCGGGACCCCUUCUACGAGAUGCUGGCGGCCAGGAAGAAGAAGGUGUCCUCCACCAAGAGACACUAGCAGCCUUUGCCGGUCCCACGAGACUGGCGCGGCGCGAGCGUCCGGAGAUGAAGCGAGCCCGCCGCGGGCUGGGGCCUCCCCGCAGCCCGGCCCCCCGCGCCCCGGCCCCCGCUUCAGCUUCGCAGUUUCUUUUCCACAGGGCGCGGGCGGGGGGAGCCCGGGCGUCCCGGCGGCUCUGGCCCCCCGAGCAGCGGGGCUGGCGCUGGGACGCGGCUCGGCCGCGGCCGGGCAGGGCGGUGGGCGAGCGCUGUCCUCCGGUCCCGCUCCUCCCCGCUCCGGGGCCGGGAGGCAGUGCGGGGAGCCCCCGGGCUCCCCCCAGCACUUGGCCCGGGAGCCCUUGCGCAGACGGCGGCUUUGGGGGUGCCGGGGUGGGGGGCGGCCGGGGCGCGCUGGGGAACGGCCCCACGUGGGCACCGCUCCCGGCCCUCGUUGUAGAGGGCCGGGUCCGUCCCGGGCUCCCUUCCCACCGGCGCCGGGUGCCGUGCUGAGCGGCACGGUCCCGUGGGGUUGGGGCCGGAGCUCGUCUCCGCUGUGGCGUGCACCGGCCGCGGGGCCCGACGGGCAGCACCCAGUGGAGGGUCGCGGCUGGCCGGCGCCAGGCUCGGCGCGCGCUUCCCGCCGGAGCGAUCCGCGGUCCCGCCUGCGGCACGAGGAGCCGCCGCGGCCGGCACGGGGACGGCUGCUCUCCCCGGCGGGCGGCUCCGCGGGAGCUUGCGCCAACCGCCGUGUCUUGUCCCGCUCCCCCCGCCGCUGCGCACCGGGCCUGGAGGGAGGCACCUGGACCAGUAUUAGUCUAUUUAUCAGAGGUGUAAAUAUUUCUGUAUAGUUUUCUCCUUUUAGAUUAUUUUGUAUGUCGGCGUUGUUCCGUGCAGAGACCUCUCUCUGGGAGGGCGGCGGUGUGGCAGCAAUUUUUUUAUUCUUUUUUUUUCUUUCUUUUCUUUUUUUUCUUUUUUUUUUUUUUUGCCAUGCCUUGUAAACUAGUCCUGAGGAUCUGCAGCAAAUAGACACUGAACCUGCGCUCA